AUGUCUUCUCCUCCCCUAACCACAAACGAAGAAUCAAUCCCGAACCCAUUGUCGCCGAUACCCCCUCCCUCGCGCGGAAACCAGAGUAUCGCCGCCCCUCGUGCCUCGAGCGCACCCUCCUGGAUCAAUGCUUUGCGCCGACCGAGAACCUCUCCAGGACCGAGAUCGUCCUCAUUCAAAUAUCAAACGCAUCUUUCCGGAGAUAUCAGGAGGGAUUCUGGGUUGGAUCCCAGCUCGGCCUCCACGGGGACACACGCGGCAUCAGACAAUCAGAAUUUGACGAAGAUCCCCAGCCUCCCAACGAUUGUCGUGCACGAUGACGAGAGCGGCAGCGGAUAUCAGAGUCAUGGUAGUCGUCAUGUCAGUGAAGGGUCCUCAUCUGCCGCCGAGCCAUUCCUACGCAUCACCACUCCGAUUCCCACCGGAAAUCUUGACGACUUCACAGCCCCAGAUACCUUAGAAUUUUCAAAGAGGGGAAGCAUACUUCUGUCUGGGAAACGCGUGGCGGAUGGAACAAGCGUGGAUAGAAGCGUGGCGGAUUGUGGAAAAAGCGUGGAUAGAAGCGAUGCCAGCAUCGGUAGUAACCCGGUUGAGCUCGAACCAAGGAUUCCAACUCCUCCUGCGCCCAAGCAAAGGCUACGGAUCCCACCUAUUCGAGGCCGACCAUUAAGCGGAAGGGUGCUAUCAAUGGAUGAUGCCAUCCUAUCGCGUAAGGUUCGGACUAUGUAUGACUAUGGCGACGAACGAGCUGGAGACUUGGACCGCCCGUACUCGUCAUUCUCCACAUCCGAUCACGGGCUCGUACAGGAGAAUGACGGAGAGUUGCCGGAUGGGGGGUCGCUCAUGAUCAAUCGGACCCUAUCACCAAACUCCGCGCGUCCCGCAUCAGCCGCCUCAUCAUGUCGAGGGAGUCUAUUUAAGCGGGAGCCGUUCGAAUUAGCUGGAGGGGUCGAGGAUUGGGAAGACGUUGCGGAAGGCCAAGUGGAUCGGUACGGAUUUAUCUUACCCAAACCCACCGGUUCUCGCAAUUCUUCCACCAGCCCCUCUCCUGAUGAUAGUCCGGGACUGGUACGUGUUGCCACUUCGCUGCAACUAGCAGCCGAGACGCCACGGCGAAAGAGAACGAUUCGACGCUCCCCAUCCAGGCAAUCCGCGAGGGUUACAUCCGCGGACGGUCCCAAACGUCGGGGCUCCAAAAGGUCUGCUCGAUCUCCCGCCUCUGUGUACACCAACCACACUGUCACGAGCGUACGUACAACGACCAGCACGUUCCGAAAUGCCACCAACCGGUUGCCUCAUAACCGUGAACGACGCAUCAUGGAUGAAGCGGGCGACAUGCUGACACUACCUCACGAACUUGCGGAGCUUGAAGGAGAGACAGAUGGAGGACGAACGGUGUCCUCGAUAAACAAGAAAGAGUGGGAGCGAGAGGAGAAGUGGAGGAAGAUGGCCAAGGCGAAACCGAGAAGUGGGACAGGUGGUGGCAUGGAUUUUGAUUUCGACACGAAGGAUGCGAAGCUCAUCUCUCGAACGUGGAAAGGCAUACCGGAUAAAUGGAGAGCAAAGGCAUGGUAUUCAUUUUUGGAAGCCAGUGUCCGGAAGACUAGUGGAGCGCCUACGCAUGAAGAGUUGGUGGAGCACUUCCAUGAACUUCAAGAUGAAUCAUCGGCGGAUGAUGUUCAGAUUGACGUGGAUGUGCCAAGGACGAUUGGUAGACACAUUAUGUUCAGGAGGAGGUAUCGCGGAGGGCAACGGCUUCUUUUCCGUGUUCUUCACGCCCUCUCCCUCUAUUUUCCAGAGACCGGCUACGUUCAAGGAAUGGCAGCACUGGCUGCAACCUUCCUUUGCUAUUAUGAUGAAGAGAAUGCUUUCGUCAUGAUGGUCAGGCUGUGGCAUCAUCGUGGCCUUGAUCACCUCUACCAGUCAGGGUUCGGAGGUCUCAUGGAGUCGUUGGAAGAUUUUGAGAAGAACUGGCUUGUUAAGGGGAAUGUCGCUAAGAAAUUAGAUGAACUGAACGUUUCCUCCACUUCUUACGGCACGCGAUGGUACUUGACCUUAUUCAACUACUCGAUCCCCUUUCCUGCUCAAUUGCGAGUAUGGGAUGUGUUCAUGCUUCUAGGCGAUGAUCCCUCCAGCGUUACCACAGGCACCGAUGCUCAACCAUCAUUCGGUGGAGAUCUUGAUGUUUUACACGCCACCUCCGCCGCACUGAUCGAUGCGACCCGCGAGAUCUUGCUCGAUUCCGACUUCGAAAACGCCAUGAAAACUCUUACUUCGUUCCUCCCUAUUAAGGACGAGGAGAUAUUAAUGCGCGUUGCCAAGGCGGAAUGGAAGCAGAAGCGGAAAAGGAUGGGGAAAAAGGUAUGA